UUCCGGCGCCGCUUGUUUCGUCACUUCCGGUUCCGGUGGAGGCGGCCGCCAUGGCGCUGCUGGCGUCCAACCCCGGCAACCCGGUGGUGUUCUUCGAUGUCACCAUCGGCGGGCAGGAGGUUGGCCGCAUGAAGAUCGAGCUGUUCGCUGAUGUUGUACCCAAAACUGCGGAGAACUUCAGGCAAUUUUGUACAGGUGAAUUCAGGAAAGAUGGUGUCCCUAUAGGUUAUAAAGGAAGCACUUUCCACAGGGUAAUAAAGGAUUUCAUGAUUCAAGGAGGGGACUUUGUAAACGGAGACGGCACUGGUGUAGCUAGUAUAUACAGGGGUCCCUUUGCAGAUGAAAACUUCAAGCUGAAACAUUCUGCUCCUGGGCUGCUCUCUAUGGCAAACAGUGGUCCCAGUACCAAUGGCUGCCAGUUUUUCAUUACAUGCUCCAAAUGUGACUGGUUGGAUGGGAAACACGUCGUGUUUGGUAAAAUUGUUGAUGGGCUGUUGGUCAUGAGAAAAAUUGAGAACGUGCCUACAGGUCCCAAUAACAAACCCAAGCUGCCAGUUGUGAUCUCUCAGUGUGGGGAAAUGUAGAAACAAUGGAACAGAAACGUGGUUGGUGAACUGAUCGUUAACAGGAAGCAGAGCAGGCAUAGGUCAAGAAGAGAGGAGAAAGAGUGGAUUUAAGUCUCCCUGCUCAGUGCAGCCACAGAGCUGCCACCACUGAAGAAUCAGGGAAUUACCAUGUUAGAUAGAACCUUCACUCGAAAAAAUGCCACGUGCUCAUCUGGAGGGAGAUGUUUCCAGCAUUCACUAUGGCUUUACUCUGGUUAAACCAAUAGGUUCCAGACAGAGCUGGUGUACAAUGUUCUGUUUCCAUUUGUCCGCCUACUUUACCAUCAAAAACACGAGCAUUUGAACAAA